UUUAACAAAUUUAUUUAAAUUUAUUAUAAAGGGAAUAAUGGUUGAUGAUGUCUCUUCAAGGUAUUUUUUCAAUAUUUUAUUUAAUCAAAGCUUCGAUAGAAGUGGCGAUCAAAUUGAAGUGCUUGUCCGUGAAGCAGAAGACCUCCGGCAAAAAUUGGACCAGGAAAGGCAAAAAUUGAAUGAUGUGCCAAUCCAAACAGCAGCCGCAAAAUUGGCAAAAUUGGAACUUGGUGGAAUGAGAUGUCGACGUGUACUCCGUGGACAUGCUAGUAAAGUUUUAUGCAUGGAUUGGGCACAGGAUAAAAGACACAUUGUCAGUUCUUCGCAAGAUGGCAAAGUCAUUGUAUGGGAUGGAUUUACAACUAAUAAAGAACAUGCCAUCACUAUGCCUACUACAUGGGUCAUGGCUUGCGCUUUUGCCCCAAGUAUGCAAAUGAUUGCCUGUGGCGGUUUGGACAAUAAAUGUUCUGUCAUACCUCUCAACUUUGACGAGGAUAUAAUCCAAAAGAAGCGAUCUGUGGCUACUCAUACUUCUUAUAUGAGCUGCUGUACUUUUAUUCGUUCGGAUAAUUUGUUAUUGACUGGUAGCGGUGACUCAACUUGUGCUAUGUGGGACGUUGAAAGUGGUCAAAUGAUUCAAAAUUUCCAUGGUCAUUUAGGCGAUGUUUUUGCCGUUGACAUUGCCAAAUCUGAUAUGGGAAAUAUUUUUAUUUCUGGGGGCGCUGACAAACACGCACUCGUAUGGGAUAUCCGCUCAGGACAGUGUGUUCAAAGCUUUGAUGGGCACGAAGAAGAUAUUAAUACUAUUCGAUUCCAUCCAAAUGGAGAUGCUUUUGCUACUGGAUCUGAUGAUGCAUCGUGCCGUCUCUACGACAUUCGUGCUGAUCGUCAAGUUGCUGUUUACCAAAAAGAAUCAAUUUUCUUCCCGGUAAAUGGUGUUGACUUUUCUGUUAGCGGUCGUCUACUAUUUGCUGGCUAUGGUGAUUAUCGAAUUUCUGUUUGGGAUACACUCAAAUGUGUUCGAGCCCACGUUUUGUAUGGACAUGAAAAUCGUAUUUCUUGUUUGAGAACAUCUCCGGAUGGAACAGCUAUAUGCACUGCUUCUUGGGAUUCUUUUCUUAAGAUCUGGGCUUAA